CACCAAGUGUAUUCUACAAUUAUUUCAGAAUAUGAGAACACAUAAUUGACUUUUAUAACCUGUGCGAGUAAGGUAUUUUCUAAUUCACAAUUUUAUUUUUAUUAAUUAUUUUAUUUUUAUUUUUACUAAACUUAUUUUUUAAAAGAAGACACCCCUAUGAAAAAUUCUUGGUGCGCCACUGGUCGUGAUGGUGAGGAUGAGGUGGAAGAUGGCUAAUGUUGUAAAAGGGGGUAACCGAGUGGAACUCUGGAUUAAUGGGAGCUCCAAUUGAAGAAGAAGAAAAAAAAGAACCAACAAUACUCAAUAUCUUCUUGAUUCUCCGCCCACACGACGCGCCUCUUCCAAUUUAUUCAAUUUUUCGCUGCCACGGUUGGGCUCUCACAUGCAUAUGCUUUUGAAAUUCCGAAAGAAAGAUGGAUGAGGAGAACCAACAGCAGGGGAUCGGCACAUCGGCGGUGAAGGCGAUGAAGCUAUAUUCACGGUCGUCGGUCCUCGUGCUGGCCCCUGCCCUGGCAACGCUUCUCUGCUUCCAAAUCACGAUGGCCGGGCCCGGGGAUCCUUCGAAUCGGAUUUCCCUACCGACGCCGAAAGCUAUUCUUGAUUCUAUGGGAGAAUCCCGGCGAGGAAGACGGUGAUGUCGAUUACCAAUUUCGGAGGGGUCGGCGAUGGAGAAACGCCCAUCACGAAAGCAUUCCGAAAAGUUGUUCGACACAUGUUGUGGUUCGGGUUGGACGGCGGAUCGCAGCUGAAUGUGCCGGCGGGGAGGUGGCUCACCGGCAGCUUCAACCUGACCAACAAUUUCACAUUGUUUCUUGAACAAGGCGUUGUGAUUCUUCUCACUCUUCGGUUGUAAAGAGGAACCAACAAUACCCGAUAUCUGACAAAAAAGUUAAUAUGCUCACAAGGUGUUUUGUGAGUAGAUACUCACAAGGCCCAAAUUUGUCCACAUCGGCCCACUUCUAAUCCAAGGGUGAGGGGGUUAGCCCAGUCAUGGCUCAUUUAAGUGAGCUAUUUAAGGGUUUUUUGCACAAGCCGACCGAACUUAACAAGGUGGCUUGGGUUCACCUUUGAUUUGGGCAGGAUUGAGAGAGGGAGCCGCUGAGAUAACUCAUAUCCAGCCGAGACAUAUAAGUAUCCAAAAAUGCGCGAAGAUCUGAGUUGACAAAAGAGAGAGAAAAGCAUGGCCCACCAUCUGCUAUUUUUGUUGCUUUUGAAGAAUUUUCACAUGAGAGAGAUGUUGAACAUUUAAUGCCACCCACCAACUAUUCUCACAUGAAGAGAGAAAUCAACCCGGAUUAAUAUUCAUAUCGUCCAAUCUAGUAUCCAUCCUUAAACAAAAUAUUAUCCAUGGACCGAAGGAAAUUAGUUUAUAUGGUCGGAUAUUAGUCUGGGCGGUAUGAAUAUAAGAAUAUUAAUUUUUGCAUGAACUGAUAUUAUAUGCGAUGGAUAUUAGUUUGUGAAUUAAUUGUGUCUUCCAUCAAAAAUAAAGGGUUAUAGGUAUAAUAUGCCCCUCUACUAUGUAAUUUUAUCAAACAUGCCCCUAGACUAUUUUUAUAUCAAACAUGCCCUUGUACUUUGGAAAAAUGAUCAAACAUGCCAUUCUGUUAAAAUUUCCAUUAAAAAAAUCGCCAACCAUGGUUGAACCGAGAUGUAGAUGACCCGACAUCGGCAAAUGAGAGCGAAAAUGUCAGUUUCGUUCCCCAUUUUAUUUUUCUAGGGCUCAUUAAAGUGAAAUUAUUAGAGUUAUUUGGCUCUACAAAAGAACCCAAAAAAUUUGAAAGUGAAAUUACCAAAGAUAUUUUAGAUAUUAGUGUCGCCCAAACCAAGGUACGACCAUGAUUGACUGUUUUUGUAUGGAAAUAUUAACAGAAGGGCAUGUUUGAUCAUUUUUCUAAAGUACAAGGGCAUGUUUGAUGUAAAAAAUAGUAGAGGGGCAUGUUUGAUAAAACGACAUAGUAGAGGGGCAUAUUAUACCUAUAACCCAAAAAUAAACACGCUAUCAAGUCCUAACACACAAGGCUUGCAACCUUAGUUAGGCUGCCCGCCGAAGGCCAAUGAAUCAAUAAUAUUAUGAGAGUGUGUCUUCCAGACCCUGAUAAUAGUCCGUUUGUGAUUUCAGAAAUUAGUUUAUAUGGUUAGAUAUUAGUCAGGUUGCUAAUGAUAUUUGUUCAUAUAAGGGUGAAUAGUAUUUCUAGUGUGGAUGAAUGUUAGUCUGGGAGCCACAGAUAUUUGUUCUAUAAAUGACAGAUAUUUGUUUUUUGGUGAAUGGAUGUUUGUAUGGGCGGUAUGGAUGUUUGUUUUAUGAACUUAUAUUAUAUGCGAGGAUAUUAGUUUGUAACUAUUCACUUGCGAACCUUAUGGUCACUAUUCCUAUGUGAACCUUGUACUAACUAUUCAAAUAUCAUCUUUGUUUAUUUAAGCACCCACCCUAACAUACUGGUUUCCCAACUUACCCACCAUAUUGUGCUUCUCUUCUGAAACAACUUCCAUGUCUUCAGAGUCGGAGGAUGAAGAUAUCACCGAGGAAAGCAUCCGGAAAUGAAGUUUUUUGUUUUGU